AUGGAGGCCAACGACCAGAAAGAUAUGGGGAAUGAGCCCCAGCACAUCGAAACGUCAGGCCAGACAAUCACAUGGACAGAGGAGGAGGAGAAAGCUCUUGUCAAGAAGAUCGACCUCUUCCUGAUGCCGACCAUUUGCUAUGACGCCCAGCGCUCCGAGUCUUCUAACAACGUGUAG